GAAAACGUUUUCACCUGCUGGAGUCCUUCAGGAGUGUGUGGCUUCGCCUAAAGUUGCCUGUUUCUCGGCUUUAUCACUUCAUUGAAAUCCACGCAUGAUGAAGAUACAACUAGUUGAUUUAGGCAUAGGGAAACAGCUGGGGAAUAGAAAGGAAUUUUAGUACCUCUGAACGUUUUGGAAUCUCUGAUGCUCCAGCAUACCUCACUGGCUGCUGGUUGGCUUUGGCUCUGCAUCCCGCGGGACAUCACAGUGUAUUUAUUUCUUGUAACAUUCACCGCAAGAUCCUUGCCAGGAUCGGUGAAACUCGGUAGGCUUCUCACUGCUUUUUGGAGCAAACCUUUGGCCAGCGUCAGUGAGCUUUGGAUUGUCUAUAGUUUCUACACAAAUUUGCAAUAAAAUUGGAAUUCAACCCAUUAUGGAGCUGGCUCAUAGUUUGUUACUGAAUGAGGAAGCAUUAGCUCAAAUCACAGAAGCAAAGAGACCAGUUUUUAUCUUUGAAUGGUUGAGAUUUUUGGAUAAAGUGCUGGUAGCUGCUAACAAGACAGAUGUCAAGGAAAAACAGAAGAAACUUGUAGAACAGCUAACAGGACUCAUCAGCAGUUCCCCUGGGCCACCCACACGGAAGCUGCUUGCAAAAAAUCUGGCUGCUCUCUACAGCAUUGGAGACACAUUUACUGUUUUUCAGACACUUGACAAGUGUAAUGACAUCAUCAAGAGCAAAGAUGACACUGCAGCCUACCUGCCCACUAAACUGGCUGCUGUGGCAUGUGUUGGAGCAUUUUAUGAAAAAAUGGGGAGAAUGCUGGGUAGUUCUUUUCCAGAAACUGUGAAUAACCUGUUAAAGUCGCUGAAAAGUGCAGAGUCUCAGGGCCGCAGUGAAAUCCUGAUGAGUUUGCAGAAAGUCCUCAAUGGACUUGGAGGAGCAGCAGCUUCUUGUCACCGUGACAUUUAUAAGAAUGCCCGGUCUCUGCUGACGGACAGAUCGAUGGCUGUGCGCUGUGCCGUGGCCAAGUGUCUGCUGGAAUUACAGAAUGAAGCAGUGUUUAUGUGGACAGCUGAACUAGAGAAUGUUGCAACGCUGUGCUUUAAAGCUCUGGAAAACUCAAACUAUGGUGUGCGAGUUGCAGUGUCAAAGCUUUUGGGGACAGUCAUGGCUACAGCGCUGAUACCAAAACAGGCAACAGUGAUGCGGCAAAAUGUGAAGAGAGCCACACUUGAGGAGGUCUUGGAGCUCAUGGCCACAGGAUUUCUGCGAGGGGGAUCUGGGUUCCUGAAGAGUGGUGGAGAGAUGUUAAAAGUGGGAGGAUCUGUCAAUAGGGAAGUGCGAGUUGGUGUUACCCAGGCCUACGUUGUGUUCGUUACCACACUGGGAGGGCAGUGGCUGGAGCGCAACUUUGCCACCUUUCUGUCCCACGUGCUUGACCUGGUGUCCCAUCCUCGUGCAACCCAGACCCACGUGGAGGCCGUGUACUCUCGAAGAUGUGUGUCCUUUAUCCUGAGAGCAACUGUGGGCAGCUUGCUGGGGGAGAAAGCACAGAUUGCAGCUGCCAAGGAAAUAUGUCAAGCCAUUGCUAAACAAAUGAAGGCAGUGGAAGCAGUAGUGAAUGAUGCUAACAGUGAGAAUAAAUCGGGAGCUGCUGAUGUAGCUGCAAGCCAGCAUGUGAUGGUGUGUGCCCUCCAGGAGCUGGGUAGUCUGGUUCAGAGUCUGAAUGCCACUGCAUCUCCUCUUAUUCAGGAACCCUCUAUUGGUCUGUUGGAGACAGUAACUUCAGUUCUUCUUCACCCCAGCAUGGCUGCUCGGCUGGCUGCUGCCUGGUGCUUGCGGUGUGUGGCUGUGGCAUUGCCCUUUCAGUUGACUCCAUUUUUAGACAGAUGUGCAGAAAGACUCAACAAUCUGAAGACCUCCCCUGAAGCUGUUAGUGGCUACAGUUUUGCAAUGGCUGCUUUGUUAGGUGGUGUGCAUCAGUGUCCUCUAGGCAUUCCUCAUGCCAAAGGAAAGAUGGUGGUCAGUAUUGCUGAGGAUCUGUUACGAACUGCUGCACAGAACAGCAGGCUCUCCUUGCAGCGGACUCAAGCUGGAUGGCUUUUACUUGGAGCUCUUAUGACUUUAGGUCCUUCUGUUGUCCGGUAUCAUCUGCCUAAGAUGUUGCUGCUGUGGCGAAACGUGUUCCCACGUUCUCUGAAGGAGCUGGAAGCAGAGAAGGCAAGAGGAGAUUCUUUCACCUGGCAAGUAACACUGGAAGGCCGUGCUGGAGCUCUGUGUGCUAUGAGAAGCUUUGUUGCUCACUGCCCUGAGCUCCUUACUGAGGAUGUGAUCAGGAAACUGAUGACACCCAUAGAAUGUGCCAUGACAAUGAUGUCACACAUUCCAUCGGUAAUUAAAGCCCAUGGAGCUCAUCUCAAAGCCAGUGCAGCUAUGGUUCGUUUAAGACUUUAUGAUAUAUUGGCUUUAUUGCCCCCAAAGACAUAUGAAGGAUCAUUUAAUGCGCUUCUUCGAGAGCUGGUAGCGGAAUUUACUUUGACAGACAACUCUGCUAAUACUACCACAUCACUCCUAAGGUCUCUCUGUCAUUAUGAUGAUAGUGUUCUGCUCGGCUCUUGGCUGCAGGAAACAGAUCAUAAGUCAAUUGAAGAUCAGCUCCAGCCAAACAGUGCGUCUGGAAGUGGUGCUCUGGAACAUGAUCCCUCUUCCAUUUAUUUGCGCAUCCCUGCUGGUGAAGCUGUGCCUGGUCCCCUUCCUUUGGGAGUAUCUGUCAUUGAUGCAUCUGUGGCUCUCUUUGGUGUGGUUUUUCCUCAUGUCUCUUACAAACAUAGAUUACAGAUGUUGGAUCACUUUGCUGAAUGUGUCAAGCAGGCUAAAGGUGUUCGCCAGCAAGCUGUGCAGCUUAAUAUCUUUACUGCUGUUCUUAGUGCCUUGAAGGGUUUAGCUGAGAAUAAAAGCACAUUAGGACCAGAAGAAGUCCGCAAAUCUGCUUUGACGCUUGUAAUGGGUGCCCUUGAUAAUCCUAACCCUAUUCUGAGAUGUGCAGCAGGUGAAGCUCUUGGCAGAAUGGCUCAAGUGGUUGGAGAAGCCUCUUUCAUUGCUAGAAUGGCUCAGUACAGUUUUGAUAAGUUAAAAUCUGCUCGAGAUGUUGUAUCAAGAACAGGGCAUUCCUUGGCUCUGGGUUGUCUCCAUCGUUAUGUUGGUGGAAUAGGUUCUGGACAGCAUUUGAAAACUAGUGUCAGUAUUCUCUUGGCUUUGGCACAAGAUGGAACCUCUCCUGAAGUCCAGACCUGGUCUCUCCAUUCCCUUGCCUUGAUCGUGGAUUCCAGUGGGCCAAUGUACCGUGGGUACGUGGAGCCGACGCUGUCACUCGUUCUCACGCUGCUCUUGACUGUCCCACCAUCACACACAGAAGUGCAUCAGUGCCUGGGCAGGUGCCUUGGGGCUAUAAUAACUACUGUUGGGCCUGAGCUGCAAGGUAACGGAGCUACGAUUUCAACAAUCCGUUCUUCCUGUUUGGUGGGAUGUGCAAUCACACAAGACCAUUCAGACUCACUUGUUCAGGCAGCUGCUAUAUCCUGCCUUCAGCAGCUCCAUAUGUUUGCACCACGGCAUGUCAACCUGUCCAGUCUGGUUCCCAGUCUUUGUGUCCAUUUGUGCAGCUCUCACUUGCUGCUGCGCCGGGCUGCGGUGGCGUGUUUGCGGCAGCUGGCUCAGAGGGAAGCGUCAGAGGUGUGUGAAUAUGCCAUGAGCUUGGCAAAGAACGCUGGAGACAAAGAGAGCAGUGCCAUCAACAUGAAUCCUUUUGCACCAGGGGCCGGCUCUCGGCGAGAAGCGCACUGCCGGCACCAGGGGGUUAAUAUCACAGAGACGGGCCUGGAGGGCGUCCUGUUCGGGAUGCUGGAUCGAGAGACCGAUCGGAAACUCUGCUCAGAUAUCCACGACACUCUGGGACACAUGCUUUCAUCUCUGGCCGUGGAAAACCUUUCUCACUGGCUCAUGCUUUGUAAGGAUGUUCUUGCAGCUUCCAGUGACAUGAGCACUGCUGCUCCCUUGGGAGGAGGGAAGGAUGAGGAGCUGGAGAAGAAGGAUGAGAUGGAUGAUGACACGAUGUUUACCACCUUGGGUGAAGAGGACAAGUCCAAGCCUUCUGUGGCACCUCGCUGGGCCACCCGCGUGUUUGCGGCAGACUGUCUGUGCCGGGUGAUCAUGCUGUGUGAGAAUGCCAACAAGGCUCACUUCGACCUGGCACUGGCUCGUUCAGCCAGACUUAAAAACCCAAAAAAUGACUUCUUGGUGCUGCAUCUCUCUGACCUUAUCCGGAUGGCAUUCAUGGCUGCCACAGACCACAGCAACCAGCUGCGCAUGGCGGGCCUUCAGGCGCUUGAGGACAUCAUCAAGAAAUUUGCAUCCGUUCCCGAGCCAGAGUUCCCAGGCCAUGUGAUACUGGAGCAGUAUCAGGCAAAUGUUGGGGCUGCUCUGAGGCCAGCUUUUUCCCAAGAUACACCAUCUGAUAUAACUGCAAAGGCCUGUCAGGUAUGUAGCGCUUGGAUAGGAAGUGGGGUUGUAAGUGACCUGAAUGAUCUCCGCCGAGUUCACAACCUUCUUGUCUCUUCCCUGGAUAAAGUGCAAGCAGGAAAGGGAUCUUCUAGCCAGCUUUACCGAGAGAGUGCAACUACUAUGGAAAAACUGGCUGUUCUCAAAGCAUGGGCUGAGGUGUAUGUCGUUGCCAUGAAAAUUAAGAAAGAAGCAGAAACCAAACCCAAGCGUGUUUCAAAGAGCGCAGAGGAGGAUGAGGAUGAUUUUGGUACUGUGAAUGAGUUGCCACCAGACAGUUUGAUAACGCUUGUACAGCCUGAACUGCCGGCACUGAGCCGGCUCUGGUUGGCUGCGCUCAAAGAUUACGCUCUUUUAACUCUACCAGCUGAGUUUGCUACCCAGCUUCCACCAGAUGGAGGAGCAUUUUACACUCCGGAGACAAUCGACACAGCUAGACUGCAUUACCGGAACUCCUGGGCUCCCAUACUACAUGCAGUGGCACUUUGGCUGAACAGUACAGGAUUUAACGUGUCAGAGUCAACAGAAGAGACUGCUGCAGCAAUGCCCAGUUCCCAGAAACGUGCUACAUCCAUUAUGCUAAACCAGACACCUGGGACUCCACCUACCACUAAAUCUUUACCAGAAAUAAACAAAGAUCGAAUGCAUUUAAUUUUGGGUGUUAGUAUACAGUUUCUGUGUUCCCCAAGACCUGAAGAGCCUGUAGAGCAUGUUACAUCUUGCUUACAAGCACUGCAUACUUUAUUGGACUCCCCUUGUGCCAGGAUCCAUAUUGCAGAGGAUCAGCUCCUUGGUGUUGAACUCUUGAGUGUGCUUCACCGACUCCUCCUGACCUGGGAUCCUCCUUCAGUCCAGCUGCUGGUUACAGGAGUUGUCCAGCAGAUAGUAAGAGCAGCUCAAGAUUAUUUGCAGGAAAAAAGGAACACGCUAAAUGAAGAUGAUAAUGAAGAAAAAGAAAAUCCUCUUGCUUUAGGAGAGGGAGGUGAGAGUGGUGGUCUUGUGCCUGGAAAAUCUCUAGUUUUUGCAGCCAUGGAAUUGCUGAUGUUCAUCCUAGUACGACACAUGCCCCACCUGAGUUCAAAAGUGUCGGAUUCUCCGAGUCACGUUGCUGCCAAAUCCCACCUCUCUGAGGAAAGCGCUCGUCUUGUGGCUGCCACCGUUAAUAUUCUGUCUGACCUGCCUUCCCUGUGUUCUCCAGCAGGGUGUAUGACCAUCUUACCCACUAUCCUAUUUCUGAUAACACGGGUAUUGAAAGAAACAGCAGUAAAGUCAGCAGAUAAUCAGGUCCCACCUCCAGUCACUGCAGCUCUUCAAGGCAUAAAAACUAUUGUUACUCUUCCAACAGUCAAGACUGAUGAAACUCAGAAACAAUGGACAGGUCUUAUCCGCAGCACUCUGGCAUCUGUCUUGGAAGACUCUCAGCCUGAAGCCUCUAAACCUAUUCUUGAUGAAGUAAGCAUACUUACAGCUAUUGCUCUCUUCCUCUUGUCAGCAAGCAAUGAAAUAAUUGGAGUGCAAUCUUUACAAAAUGGAUGUAUGAACAGAUUUAGAAGUGCAUUGAAUUCUUCUGAUCCUUGGGUUCAAGCCAAGUGUUACCAGCUUCUGCUUUCUGUGUUCCAACACACCAAUCGUGCCCUGUCCACUCCAUAUAUUCAUUCACUGGCCCCUAUCAUGGUUGAGAAGUUGAAGGCUGUGGAAAGGAGCCGCCCGAACAACAAUCUGGAGCUUUUAGCAGUCCAGGAAGGAAUUAAAGUCCUUGAAACAUUGGUUGCCCUUGGUGAGGAGCAGAAUAGAGUACAGUUGCUGGCCCUUCUCGUUCCCACUCUGAUCUCCUAUUUACUGAAUGAAAAUGCCUUUGCUUCUGCAUCUACAGCAUCCAAGGGUCUUCACGAGUUUGCACUUCAGAACCUGAUGCACAUUGGUCCACUUUACCCCCAUGCUUUCAAGACAGUAAUGGGAGCUGCUCCUGAAUUGAAAACACGUCUGGAAACUGCAGUCCGAGCAAGUCAGGCCAGCAAAGCAAAAGCAGCUGCUAGGCAACCACCACCCACAGUACAUUCCACCCCGACAAUUAAACUGAAAACUAGCUUUUUUUGAAUUACUUUUAUUAUUUUUGGACCAUUAAGUAGUCAGAAGCGUUACAUUAUCCCUGCAUACAUGUCUAAUUUUGUGUAAUUUGUGUGUGAAAGGCUGUCUAAUGGAGCUUUGUGUAAUUACUUGAAAUCCAUGCAUUACAAGGGAAGUGGUGUUACUUGUAUUUGUAUAGAUUUUUAGGAAAUUGUGAUCAUAUUUAUGAAUUUCUGUUAUAAAUUAUCCACCAAAAAUUAUUCUGUAUCUAAAUAGUUUUAUUUAUUUUUAAAAGCUAUCUCAAACCCUCCAGUGGUUUUUGAAAUCUGGUGAUUGUUAUCCCACCAUUGUGCCAACACACUAACACAGUGGGGAUGGAGAGAAGAGGAAAAACUGUUAUGAAGUACGUACCCUGUACCAUGGGGAAUUUCUGGUGUAGAAGUACGAAUUUUUUCCUUUUAUUUUAAAAAAAUAAUAGGGAAAGGGACUUCGUAGAUUGUUUCAGCUUGCAUGAAAAAAACCCCAAAACCCCACAACAAAAUAAUUGAAAAUUUUCAGCCUUUCUUAAGGUGAAUGAUCAAGCAUGCUGUCUUAAUGAGUUGUCCUUAUUUAUGUGGUGUAUAUCUCUUUCAAAUCCGUUUCCAUGCUUGAAAAUGAAUAAAGGAUGCAAAGAAUCUAAUCCCCUAUCUCUUCGAAUAUAAAUUUUAAAGAAUGCACUGGAAACUAAGUUUUUAAAGAGAGCUGCCUUCUAUCUGCAUUUUUGUAGGUGUAGAUCUUGGCCCUUGUAAGGUGUUUUCUGUUUGCAGUCUUCCUGUUCUGCCAGCAACUGGUUGAAUAUGUGAUGAGUCAGUGCUGUGCCCUUUGUCCAGACUCAUGGGUAUUUAACCUUCCUGCUAGAUUUUAUUUUCUGGAUACAUCAUACCUGUAGUCCUUGAUCAAGUUUGCAAGCAGAGGUACUGGAGCACUUUGCACUGUACUGACUCAGGAGGCAGAACACAGGUGGGAGCCAGGCUCCUCCAGCUUUUCCUUCUCCUGCCAGGCUUUUUUCAAAAGCACGUGGCUUCUCUCCCAUCUGAGUGAGUCUGAUGUGCAGAUUUUGGGGCUUUUAGUUCAUGUGCUGUGCUAACCUUGCAUGCACAGCCAGGGACUCCCAGUGUCUGCCUGUGCCAGGCCUCACCCUUCCUCUUGGCAGAAGUGUGGAACCAUGUAUUUACUUGUGUAUAUAAGACUGACUUACAUGACUUUUUUGACACAGCUGUUGAAUUUAUGGGCUUUUAUAGGGAUCUUUCUAUACAUUUUGCUUUAUAGAAAGAAGUAACAUUACCAGAGGUCUCUACUAGGCCUGCUGAAUUUCAUCUCUGAUGUUUCUCUGUAUACUCUGUAAAAACUGCAUUUCAGAUGCUUCAACUUCAAAUAUAACAAAGGGAUAGUAAAUAUAAUUGAAUAUGACUAAUAUCUGCUUAAAAUAUUUGUAGAUCACUAUUUUUGCAUAGAUACUUCCCUCUAGGCUUUCUAUUUUCCUCUAAGACCUUAUCUAAUAUCCCUUUGAGUACCUAUGCAAAAUGGUCAAGAUAAUGCUCUUUCGCCCUGUGGUAAGUUGGCUGUGUGCAAAAUAUUUAACAGAAAAUCAGAAAUGCUUUUAUUUCACAGUGAAUGUUGUAGUACUAAAGUGAGGACACAGCAAGUGGUGCGUACUCUAAUCUCAAUUUUUUUUGGUAAAGAUAGUAAUCAAGUCUUGUUCCAUUGUUCUGCAGGAGUAAAGAUACAUACAGAAGUAAAAACAAUGUGCUGUACAUGAGAAGGAAAGUAACUUCACUAAUUUUUUCUUCUUAUAUAGGUAGUGGGAAUUAAAUUGAUUUAACUACAUCCCUUUCUACUAAGUCUUUCCAGCACUACAAAUCUAUUUUGCUUAGAGGUUCUGAACCAGUUCAGCAUUUGAAAGUAUUAAGGACUCUUUCAGUUCAAAAUUAACACAAACAUUUUGCAAGUAAAACAGAAAACAAGUUUAUAACCUGUUUUAGAUUCCUUCCCCUCCACCAGGUAGUCUAGGCAUUAAUGACUUCUUGGAAAGAUUUUGUCUAUAAUCAUGUUUUGUUUGCCUUAAGUUUUAUCUCAGCAUUUUUAAGUUUUGGUUAGACUCUAGUUGACAAAAUGUCUGAAGAUUCGGAAGGGGGGAGGGAAGUGUAGCAAUCAAGCAUAACUAAGAAGUCAGUAGAACAAUAGAAAAAAGUUAGCAGAAGAGAAAAUGGCACUAGAUAGAUGUAGAGGGAGAAGGGAGAGGUUUUUCUUUGUAUUUUGUGUGGCUGUCUGCAACAUGCACAACUCUUGUUUGUAUACAUCCUUCCCCAGUUUAGUCCUCGUUCGCUUCUCUGCUUGCUCCUGAUACUAAAGUUAUUAUCAUGUGGUUUUACACAAUAUUUUGGCAUCAAAUUCCAUUUUAUUAAAAAAAACUGAAGUAACUUGAAA